GUGCUGACAUCUAUGAAAACGAAAGCAAUUCACCGCGGACACUCAGGAGUCAUGAGCUGGAAAAUCGUAGAAAAAUAGCAUUAAUGGUGCUUCACUUUUCUGGUAGAUGUAGAAACAUGUAACAACAAUGACUUAUGGCGCUGUCUUGUGUUUCUUCUCAGUGUUGGGGAUCGUUUCUAAAGGUCUAACAGCUGUGAUCCAGACACAGCAGACUGUGAUGGCAGCAGUGGGAGACAAAGUUUCUUUACACUGUCAGCUCAUGGAAACUAAAGAUGUCCUUCAAGUCACGUGGCAGAAGAUCUUACCUGAUAGGAGGACCAAUGUUGUCAGCUACGACAAAUUCUUUGGUGAAACAGUGAAUCCUGAAUUUAAAGAUAAAGUAGAGUUUGAAGAUGCUGGACUUCAGAGCAGCUCCAUAAUCAUCAAUAAUGUGACGGAGCAGGAUGAAGCCUGCUAUCUCUGUUUGUUCAACUCCUACCCUGAAGGAGCUCUGACAGGAAGAACAUGUCUCCAAGUUUACGAGCUGCAUCAACCUGUUCUACAUGUCAGAGAAUCAAACUCUACUGGAGAGGUAGUUGUGUCCUGUUCAGCCACAGGUCGACCUGCUCCCACUGUAACACUGAGAGCUACACAAGCAGACCGCAACUUGACUGACUACGACAGCGUCAGUGUGUCCAACACCAACGGUACAGUCACUGUCACCACUACAGCUGUGCUGUCAGCUCUCCAUGUAAACAGCACACAGGUUGGAUGUAGAGUUGGAGUGCUCUCUGGUCCUCAGAUAGAGGUGUUGGAGACCAUUCCUGGGCUCAAACCCACGUCUGCUGAUGACUCCACUUGGAUCUUUAUAUCGUUAGUGUUGUUUGUGGUGGCCUGUUGUUGUGCUGCUGUAUUAUGGAUCACUGUCAAUGUUAAACAAAGAAAAAAGAGAGACUUUGUGACGUUUGAAACUCCGAUCAAAGACUCUCAGGGUUUGCCACUCAGCGGUGCAAUAGACAUCACACCUGGAAGCUCAACCAAUGUCACUCCGAGAGAGAUGCACUGUGACCAUGACAAUAAUGAGGCGAUCGAUAAACUCGAUGACCUUCUUGUUGAAGUGGUCGACACAUCAGACACUACAACUACUGAGGAGGAUCCUCAGAGGGAAACAGAAAAUGAACCCCUCAUUCAACCGACUGGCCAACUGAUGGUACACCAUGAUGUCAGAAGGCGGCGAUCUCAUAUGGAUGCAGAAAACGAACCAAAUCCACCGCCUUCACCAAGAAAUAUAAAGUUUUGAUGGUCACAUUUUAAGCAUCAAAUUAUCAUUUCUUUGAGAAUUUAUGACCAUUUCCUUUUCAUCUCUUUUUUAUUAUCUGUGAGUUUGUAUAGUUUAAAGAGUUAUUUCCACGUUUUUUUGUUCGUUUGUUUCUGUAUUUUUUUUUUCUGUAAUAACAGAAACGGUUGGAUUUAUUCCGUUUUAUGCAGAUUAAUUGUUGAAUUCUGCAUUUUAAAUAAAUAUAUUGCAAUUUACAUUUGUCACCGUCACUAUU